GAAGAACAUCUUCAUCUCCUUAAGAGGCUGACACGUGUCCGUAAGGGUUUGUUCCCUGCGAGUCCGUGGCCUCGUCGUCUUUGUCCUCUUGCUUUCCCGCUCUGCAAGAUAAGAGCAUCUCUUCACACACAUCAACCGUUUGUUAAUGGAGGAAUCGUAUCUCUUCACACAGCACACUAAGUAACGCACAAUCACAUGACGUUUCUUUCCAACUUCCUCCGACGGAGACUCCGCACUCUCUUACGCACCUUCUCUCGCGAAGAUCCUGAUCUCCACGUCAAAUUAGGGUUUACCGAUGCUCUCCUCACGUUACGGAACUUCCGAUUCGAUGUUCCUCACCUUAAUCAGCUCCUCGACGGAUCCAAUUUCUCCUUCGAAGGGUUCACCGUCGACCACGUGGCUAUUCGCCUCUCCGUCUGGUCAGCUCCGGCUGUUCAGAUCGAAAUCCGCGGCGUACAUGUUAAAUUGACUGCUACAGGGAAGGAGCAAGGAAGCUCACGUGACACUGUAGCGAAUGAGAUUAAGAAAGUUUUGUCAUCUAUUGAUCCCGAGGGAUGCUUAUUGCAUGAAAUCUUGGAAAGAAUGCUGGACGGUACGUCUCAGAGAAGUAAGCUCAAGACUUCUUUCUCGAAUCUUGCUAUCAGGCACUUCCGUAUUCAGAUACAUGGUGUUAAUGUUCAAGUUCGUUUCCCGGGUUUGGGUGACUUGGGUUGUGUUCUGGAAAUCGACGAGCUGAGGAGUGAUUCUGAGGAUUCUGGGAAGAUUGGUUUAUUGAGGAGUUCAGCUGCUGCAGUUUUGUUCCCUUUGAGACGUAGUUCCUUGACACUGAGUGGGAACGGUUUCAGGGUUGGAUAUAAGAGGGAUAAUGAUAGCUUUGACGUUUGUGCAUUUGACAGUGUUGUCGUUUUGAUUACGCUGCAUAAUCUUCAGGUUACUGAUUUGAUCGUCCGUGUUCCAGAGUUAAGUUUCUCGUUUAGACCUGCUGAUCUUCCUGUUUUAAUGGGAUUGGCGAAGGUUUUGUCUAAAAAUAGCAAUUCUGUGAGAAGUGGACGUUAUCUUUGGAAAGUAGCUUCUCGCAGAACUGGCUUGAUGAUCUCUCCUCACAGUAAUUCGUUCCAUAAUUUGGUUAGUGCUGUUAUCCUCUGGAUGAGAUACGUGAAUGCUUAUGAGGUUUUGUUAUCUUUAGCUGGGUACUCUAGGAAAACGCCAGAGAAGUCAGCACUGUGGAAAGUUUCAGAAAACAAAAGGCAGUUUAUGACUGCAAGACGUAAAUGGGAUAUGAUAUGUGAUAUUGAGAAAGAGCUCCCUGCUGAAGCAAUCACACGGGCGCGCAGAGUAGCCCGAUACAGAACUUGCCUGAAUUCACAGAAUGCUAAUGAUGAUUAUGAAGAAACUUCCUUAUAUGGCCACUUCAGUUAUCUGUGUCAGAUCACCUGGGUUUUAGCUUAUAUAUGGAGACUUAUUAGUAGAGCAUUCUGGUCGGUAGCCUGCUUUCUCUCGUUGAAGAAAUUGUUGACCCAAGAACUACAAACUGAUGGGAACAGUGAAGAUGAUUCUGAGCGGGCAUCUCUUGAGUUUCAUGCAGCUGUCAAUCUUGGGAGACUUUCUUUCACAUUUUAUCCAGAGAAAAUGAUUUCAGGUUUGAUGUCAUCGAAAGACAGUACUGGACAUAUGGACUCAAAUGUUGCCACUCUUUUUCUUUCGUUUGAUGAGAUUUUGGUAAUGCAUACUGCUGACUGCCUUAAUCAGUGUUCGUCUGCUUCCUGUGGAAAGCUGAAGAUUGAGUCCGCUAGUUUUAUAGAAACCAGUCGUUUAAGGAGAUCUACAAAGGAUCCCAGUACUUCUGCGGAAAGAAAUAAGAAGCAUAUGCGAGAAGAUGUGAAAACUAUCCUAGAGAUGGACCCAGCACAGCCAAUUCUAGUUUCCAAAGCAGGUAACAAUCAUAGUAAUGAUCGACAUGAAGGCAUUCUGCAUCUGCAAAAUCUCCUGAGAGAAAUGUGGUCGAACUGGAACAGCAAUUGUGUGAAGUUGGAUAAAAGUACUUUUAAAGUUUCUGAUAACCCUUGUCUACUCGUUGAUAUUAAAAGCUGCAUAGCAUAUGAGGAUGCUGGUAACCAAGAUUCUGGGCUCUGGAAAUGCAGCAUGAUAUCGGGAAAGUUAGAUAUUGCUUUAGAUUAUUCAUCGUUGUUUUCAAUGGCUCUUUUAAUUUGGCAGACACAGCAGUCUCAAAGCCUAUUUGUAGACGAAAGUACUCAAGGGGUGGUUCAUUCAGGUUCUUUGGUAACAGAUGGUGUUGAUCCUGAAAUGGCUAGUUCUGACAAAUAUGGAAUCUACAGAAGGAUUAUUGAACUAUCUUUGCAUAGAGUUCAUCCAGAGAGACAUAUCCAGGUUGGCAUACUUGUUGGUGGUCCACAGGUCAAAUUGUUGGUGGAGAAGGCUGAAGAAGUGGGUGUUUUAACUGGGCAGAAAGAUCUUCUUUUAUUUGAUAUCCAUGAUCUCGAGUUUGUGGUCUGGCCGACAUCAAAAUCUGAUGUGGCGCCAUUUAGGAUGCUUCAAGGGCCUGACAACACAAGAUCAGAUAGGCAUUCGCUUCAGGAGCGGGGGCUAAGUGAUACUGUGAUUCCAAGUUAUGAAAAAUAUGUUUCUCAAGGAUGGAAUUCUCUGUCCUCACACCUAGAGUUUCCAGGAAUUGAUUGUUCUUUCUGCAAAAUGGCAGAAAAGAAGUGGAGUCAGUUUUUUGUAUUGAGACCCGUAACUGUAUGCUUUUCAUCCUUAAGAGAGCAUCUUUAUUCCUUUAGCCAAGCUAUUAUCGGUUUCUCAACUGGUUUGGACGUGUUGGUGUUGGGACUGACUAUUGUAUCAAAUACGGAUGACCUAAGUGCGUACUUUCAGAUGCUUCUAAGCUUAGUUUCUGGGCUAUCCCGUGGUUUGAGCGGCCCCAGCUCUGCGGGUCAUUCACUGGGACAGGGGUUUCUCAGGUCUGACACAGUGCAUGUGGAACAUGAGACUGAGAAGACUUUUUGCAAAACUCUUUAUGCUGUGAAAGCGAGCAUUAAGGUUAAGGCUAUAGAUGUGAUAUUUGAUCUUCCUGUAGCAGACGAAAAAUUUGAGAAGCCAACAGAGCUAGCUGAUUCGAGAAUCUGGUCUUCUGUCCAGGAAGCUUGCGCUGAACUAUCUUGUGAAGAACAUAGGUUUUUAGUCAUUGUUGAUUUGUGUGAACUCCAAUCUAUACUCUUCAAAUAUAGGGAUAAUAUAUGGAAGAGUUCUGGCAGCUUUAUCAUAGAAUCUUUGCCGUUCAGGCCACAUGAUAUGUUGUUUGAAGCAUGUCUUUCGAGCUGCAUAUUGAGUGUGGGUAUGGAUUGCUCAAUCCCAUCAGCUCGAGGGGACGCUUGUCGUAUUGCUGGUGAUUAUUCAGGAAACGCAUCAACAGAGAAUGAACCGACUACAAAUAGUGUUCAGGUUCAGAGAGAAGUAGACCAGUUGGACUCUACUUCAGACUCUUCACUGUCCAACUUGACCAGUUGGAUACACAUCGAUUUAGCAUUGACUGACUUACUUGUAGCUAAGUGCUCAACAAAACAUGUCUUGGUUGAAGUUCGUCGGUCAAGUAACUUCGUAACAUCGGUCUCUAUUGGGAGAAACUUUCAGUCAGUUUCCUGUAGAAUCGAGGGUGGUCUUUUUGUCCUUGAACCAGAGGCGUUGAUAGGGUUAAUUCAUGGUUACUCCGCAUACCUUUAUUUCAUUUCAAGUAAGAUGUCAGUGAUUCAAUCUCCCUCACCAGUUCUUGAGCAAGUCGAAGCUGGUUCAGGUGUCAGUGAAGUUAAUAUUCCUUCUCAAGAAGAAAUAUGGUACCUCUUAGAAGCGUUUUCUAUAGAUGUUGCCCAGUUUGCAGUGGGUUUUGUCUGUGCUGAUGAAUAUGGAGGUAUAAGAGAAAUUGUUCUGGAGAUCAAUCUCCACAGUUCCCUUGAUUCAGCAGACAGAGAACAGAAGUUUCUUUGCGAAGUUUCUCGCCUGUCAGUUCUUUCUAACAUUCUUGAGAGCGUGGAAAAGGACAUAAAUAUUACACAGUUCUCUUCUCCAGCAUUUAGUGAAUCUUCUUCUUUUAUGUCUGGGGCUCCUCUUGAAACACCAUUUCAGCAAAGAAAUGUAAUUAGCUCAGGUGAUAGCACAAGUGUUUCAGGAGAUUUUGUUGGUCUAAGAGAAUCCUCUACAAACAGCAAUUUACAGGAAGAACUUCACUCUCGGUAUAAAAACUAUAUUCUGGAAGACCUACGUUUGUCUGCAUCUGUGAAAAAGCGAGAAAUUACCGGUCACCAGUUUAGCCAGGCCUGGGAAGGCGGUUGUUCUGUUCUAGGAUUUGAUAUAACCAUUUCUCUGUCAGAAUUGCAGAUGGUCCUUUCAAUGCUUUCAUCCUUUUCUACGUUACCUGGAAAAGAAAGUACACAUGCUUCUGUAGAAAGGCCUUCAUUUAAUAGUGCACCUGAAAGAAGUUUCGAGUCUGUAGUUCCUGAUGGAGCGAUUGUUGCCAUUCAAGAUAUACACCAACAUAUGUUCUUCACAGUGGAAGAUAGAGGGGACAAGUGUGUUGUGGCUGGUACCCUUCAUUAUUCUCUAGUCGGAGAAAGAGCUCUUUUCAGGGUCACCUACCACCGCCAUCAAGGAUGGAAUUCAUCCAUCUUAUGGUUCUCCUUGACAUCUUUGCAUGCCAAAAACAAUAAAGGAGAGCCAUUACGGUUAAACUAUCAUUCAAGGUCAGAUAUUGUUAACGUCUCUGGACUUUAUGACAAUGCACCAACACUCUUUCGGGCCACUGUGGGUGAAUCCGAAAAUUAUAAGGGUGACAUUGACUGGGAGACAUACCGUAAAUUGGUCAAAGAUUCAUUUUACCUCGUCAACAAGAAGGGUGAUUCAGCUGUUGCAUUUAUCGAUGGUGUUCCAGAAUUUGUCCGGAAGCCAGGAAAUCCAUUCAAGUUUAAAGUGUUUCAUGAAAGUUUGGCGACUCGUAAUAUUACAUCUGUGGUACCUCCCGAGAUCUAUGAUUCUGAAACGCAAUCUGUGAUGAACUCUUCUCCCCCUUCUAUUACCUUUACGGUUGACGGCGUAUCUCUGACCAUUGUUCAUGAACUUUCAGAAACAAGGGACAGAUUUCCCCUGUUUCGUGGUUCAAUCAAUAUGUCUCUGCUGACUUUACAAAUGCUAUCUUGUAAAGUCAGGAUUAUGAGCACAUCAAACGUUUUAGUGCUGUACUUUGAUGCUCAGACAAACCAAUGGCGGGAAUUUAUACAUCCAGUUGAAGUUAGUGUUUUCUAUCGUUCAACUUUUCAGACCCAGGAUCUUGAAAAUACUAUUCACAAAGUACCUAGCCAUGUUUACUGCAGAAUUGGAAAGUUGGAAGUCUUUGUAACCGAGCUGUCAUUGGAUAUGCUCCUUUAUAUGCUUGGGAAACUGGAGGUUGCUGGUCCAUUUUCUGUGAAAACCUCCGUUAUUCUUGCCAAUUGUUGCAAGAUAGAAAACCUCUCUGGCCUUGACCUCGCAUGCCGUUUCAAUGAGAAACAGACUGCUACAGUUGGUAGGAAGCAAACUGCUUCGAUUUUUCUUCGGCAUUCAGUGAACCAUCAACCAGAAAUUUCUCCAGUGGCUGCGGUUCAGCUAUCUUCUGGAAAUUUCGUAACUUCUUCUAUUAACGUUUCUUUGUUAGAAGCCAGAACACUAGCUUGGAGAACAAGGAUAGUAUCACUCCAAGAUUCAAGGAGUCAUCCUGGACCAUUUGUUGUUCUUGAUGUUAAGAAGGGAUUUGAGGACGGUUUAUCGAUCUCAGUUUCUCCUUUGACAAGGAUUCAUAACGAAACUAGUCUUCCGAUGGAGAUACGUUUCCAACGAUCUAAGCAGAAGAGAGAUGUUUUUGCUUCUGUACCUCUGAAGCCUGGUGGUUCAAUUGAUGAUUCAGUGGCAGCAUUUAAUGCCAUAAGCUUAUCGGGUGAUCUGAAGAAGGCGCUGACAUCUUUGGCUGUUGGUAAUUUUUCACUCUCGUUCAGACCUAGAUCUUUGGAAAAAAUUUCUGAGAGUGAGAAGUCACUGGCGAGUGAAUGGUCUGAAGAGCUUGAAGGAGGGAAGGCGGUACGCCUAACAGGAAUUUUUGAUAAAUUAAGUUAUGAAGUUAAAAGGGCUUUAGAUAUCAAAUCAGUGAACGUCUCCUUGACUACUACAUAUUGCUCUGUCACAUCUGAAAGUCAGUGUGUCGACAAGGUGCAUUUUCUGAUCCAUAGCGUUGGGAGGGAAGUAUCUAUUGUACGGCCUGAUGCAUCCUCUGAUGUGUUUGAGAAACGGAGUGCAUAUAUUGCAUUGCGAGAGCAGAAGGAAAUUUUUCUUUUGCCCACCGUUCAGGUGUCCAAUUUCCUAUCCUCUGAAGCAGCCAUUUUUUUGACAGAGACUGAUCAAUUAACCUCGAUGGAGAAACAUAGCAUUGGCAAGCAUGCGACGGUACAGAGCGGAAAAACAAUGGAUUUCUAUGCUAAUCCUGACAUGAUAUACUUUAGAGUUACUCUCACUGCUACUCAAACGAGCUGCAAACCAGUCAACAGUGGUCAGUGGGUUAAGAAGUUACAAAAACAGAAAGAUGAUGCAGAAUCUUUGGAUGUUGGUCUUGAUUUUGCUGGUGGAAGAUACUCUGCUUCCUUGAGAUUGUCGUUAGGAAAAAGAGGCAUACUGGAGGCAGCCGUUUUCACGCCGUACAUUCUUAAAAAUGACUCAGAUUGCACCUUGUUCUUCUAUCCCCCUGAUCAAAAGCCUCCAUCCAGGGAAGAUUUGGGGAAACUUGAUCACAUUGUACCCCAUGAGUUUGGAUUGUAUUUGCCCAAAAAGACAGAGGGGUCGUGGUUCUUACGAUCACGCAAGGUUAGUGUCAUAUUGGCUGAUGGUCACGAGGCGACUGAAGCAGUGUUGGAUUUGGAUGCUUUAUCAGGACUUACAGAAAUUAGUUUGGUAACAAAAGACGACUCUGGAGUUCGGUAUAUAACAAGGUUUGGGUUGUCAGUUAAAUCAAUCUCAAGUAAGAUGGUUGUUCCAUCACGGAUUGUGACUUUUGUUCCGAGACAUCUUGUAAUCAAUGAAUCGGAGGAAACCAUCAACAUCCGCCAACGCUAUUUUCAGGAUGACUCUGUAGGCAUAAUCACCAUCAAGAGUAAGCAGAGAGCAGCCUUACGAUUGCAGGAGGAAGCUACACUGAGAAAAGAACGUCAUCUGUUCGAAAAUUUUAUCAAAAAGCACGGAAGUGACAAUGCUAAUCCUUUGACUUUCAUUCAGUUCCGGUUGAACAAGGCAAACUUGAGUUGGUCAGGUCCGUUGUGCAUCACUUCAAUUGGCUGUUUUUUCCUCAAGUUCAGAAAGCAGUCAGGUGAAACAGGCAGAGGCGCAAUUGAAUUCGCAACUGUAAAUGUUACUGAAGAAGGAUCAACUCUUGCUGUGCGCUUCCAAAAACCACCAAAUACCCCACCACCAUAUCGAAUUGAGAAUUUCUUGUCUGCAUCUCUCACUUACUACCAAAAGGAUUCAUCAGAGAUUGAAGUACUAGGACCUGGAAGUGGUGCUGAGUAUGCAUGGGAUGAUAUGACCCUUCCUCACAAGCUUGUAGUUAUAGUAGAUGGCAUGAUACCUCUGCGUGAAGUCAGCUUAGAUAAGGUUCGUCCAUGGAAACCCCUUUUCAAGGCAACUCAACACAGAAGCAUAGCCUCCCACUUAAUGUUGGAAAAGAAAGCCAAAGAUCAUAAAACUGCCUAUGAGCAAUUGAGUAGCAUGCCGAUGGUAAAGGUCGGAUAUGAAGUAUAUGCAGAUGGUCUGACUCGAGUCAUUCGCAUUUGUGAAGUUUCAAAAAGCCUUAAAGAAGACUCAGUAUUCCGUUCACGUUCAAAAAUUCAAUUCCGGAUAACCCAUUUAGGAAUUCAGUUACUUGAAAAAGUGAAGCAAAAUGCAGAGGAGAAAUCUGUCCCAUCUUAUUCUCCGAUCCUAUUGGCAAGACUAGAUAAUUUUGGUCUACAAUCCAUGUUCACUGACCAACAGAAAUUUAACCAACUAUGUAUAGAGGCUCUGAAUGUGGAUCACAAAUGGGCAGGGGCACCCUUUGCAGCCAUGCUUCGUAAGCAUCAUUCAGAUUCCAGUGACGGAAAUGGUUGUAUGUUCAAAUGUGUAUUUGUUCUAGCAUCAAGCGGUUCCAGCGUCACACAAGUCAAGCACGCCUCAAUAGUUUUGCAGCCAGUCAAUUUGAACCUAGACGAAGAGACUUUGAUGAGAGUUGUAGCAUUUUGGAGAUCGUCUCUCAGUACAAGUACUACACAAAGUAGUCAAUACUAUUUUGACAAUUUUGAAAUUCACCCAAUAAAGAUAAUUGCUAAUUUUGUUCCUGGGAGCUCAUAUUCGAGCUAUAAUUCCGCUCAAGAAACUCUGAGGUCAUUGCUGCAUAGUGUUGUUAAGGUUCCACAGAUAAAAAAUAUGGUUGUAGAGCUAAAUGGUGUACUAGUCACCCAUGCUUUGAUCACGGUUCGCGAACUACUUCUCCGAUGUGUAAAACAUUACUCAUGGUAUGCAAUGAGAGCAAUCUACAUUGCAAAAGGCAGUCCAUUACUUCCGCCAGCUUUCGCAUCCAUGUUUGAUGAUUUUGCAUCUUCCUCCCUUGAUGCCUUUUUUGAUCCUUCUCGAGGCUUGGCGAACGUCCCUGGUUUGACAGUGGGCACCUUCAAACUCCUCAGCAAACUUAUUGACAAAAAAGGAUUGUCAGGGACAAGACGUUACUUUGGUGAUCUUGGGAAAACUUUAAGAACAGCAGGAUCCAAUGUCAUCUUCGCUGCUCUCACUGAAAUCUCAGACUCUAUUCUGAGGGGUGCAGAAAUGAAAGGGCUUGAUGGACUGGUUAGCGGAUUCCACCAUGGAGUCCUAAAACUAGCGAUGGAACCUUCGGUGAUAGGAACAGCUUUGAUGGAAGGUGGGCCUGAUAGAACAAUUAAGCUUGAUCGUAGUCCCGGCAUUGAUGAGUUAUACAUAGAAGGCUACCUACAAGCUAUGUUGGAUACAAUGUAUAGACAAGAGUAUCUCAGAGUCAAAGUCAUUGAUGAUCAGGUUUUCUUGAAAAACCUCCCACCAAGCAAUUCUCUGAUAGAUGAGAUGAUAGACCGAGUCAAAGAUUUUCUGGAAAGCAGGGGAUUGCUCAAAGGAGAUCCUUCAAGCUCUCGUCCUCGUCGCCGUCUCCAUGGAGAUAAGGAAUGGAAGAUUGGGCCAACGGUGAUGACGUUAUGUGAACAUCUAUUCGUAAGCUUUGCAAUUCGCAUACUUAAACAGCACGCCACCAAGUUCAUAUCAGGUCGUUGGCCAAAGAAAGAAGAAGAGGCAGAGACUAGUAGUAGUGGCAGUGGUUCCAGUAGUGCAAUAGUACCGGUACUUGAUGAGAAGAAGAAAAAGAAGAUGAAGUUUAUGUGGAAAGCUGGUAUUGGUCAGUUCGUGGCUUCAGGAAUCGUAGCGUACAUCGACGGACGUUUGUGCAGACAGAUUCCUAAUCCAAUAGCUCGUCGGAUUGUUAGUGGGUUUCUGUUAAGUUUUCUUGACAAAAGCAAUGACCAAUAAUAAUGACUUCCUCUGUAAAUCUGUAAAUAUUAUUCUUACAGUGAAAGAAAAUAGAGUAAGUGAUAUGCCACAUCAUUCUUCUAAUUGUGUCUGUCUACUUCU